AUGCCCAGCGUUCAUAAAAGCAAAAGUGUUAAAUGGGCUUAUACUCACUUCAAUAAUAACUUGGAAAAUAUCCUUUUUAUAGAUGAAGCUGCCAUUCAAUUAUCGUCCUAUUCCAAAACCGCCGAAUAUCCCGAUAUUAAUCCUAUAGAAAAUCUAUGGUAUAUAGUUAAAGGGGCGAAGACAAAAAAAUCUUGGGAAUUAAGGACUUUUAUG